UAGUGAUCAAUUUUUAACUGAAGUAUCCAAGCAGAAUCAUUUUGUUAUGUUUUUUGCACCAUGGUGUGGUCAUUGCAGUAGAUUAUCUCCCACUUGGGAUCAGUUGGCAGAUAAAUAUAAUAGUGCUGAAAAAAACUCUGUUAAGAUUGCAAAGGUUGAUUGUACCGUAGAAACUUCUUUGUGCUCAGAGCAAGAUGUAACUGGUUAUCCAACCCUUAAACUUUUCAAAACUGGAGAAGAUGAAGGAGUUAAAUACAGAGGGACCCGAGAUCUGGCAUCUCUUACUACUUUUAUUAGUGAACAGCUAGGAAUAGAGAAAUUGGCACCUACAUGGGAUGACCUUGCCAGAUCAUUUGAAUAUGAUACAACAGUAACUAUAGCAAAAGUAGACUGUACUGUGCAUAGGUCAGUAUGUAACACCUUCGAU